AUGCCGCACAGCUUUCCACAGAAACGCGGUGCUAUUUGGACCACUCCCAUUUCGUCGCCUAUCACUAAACCAGCUGAAACUGACACGCCGCAAAGAUGCAAACCACUGCACGUCGUGCUUAACUGUCCCAUCCAGCCAGUCCCAUCGCCGCCCCUGCCCGCCGCUCGCUACCCUCCCAAUAACCUCCUCCAGGGGCUGGAGAAGCUUGGCGAGCCGGGGCUGAUCGCGCCAGAGGACGUGUACGUGGACGCGGCGGCGGGCGGGACGUUGUACACGGCGACCAGGGAUGGAUGGUUGCAGAGGAUGCACCCCAACGGGUCCUGGGAGCAGUGGCGGUUCGUCGGCGGCACGGGCCUGCUCGGGAUCGCGCCGUCCGCCGACGGCAGCAUGAUCGUCUGCGACGCCCACAAGGGAUUACUGAGGGUUGAAGAAAAACGCGUGACGAUUCUUGCAUCGACGGUCCAGGGCUCCACGAUUAGGUUUGCCGACGCCGCCAUCGAGGCAGCCGAUGGCACGGUCUACUUCAGCGACGCCUGCACCAGGUUCGGCUUCGACCAGUGGUUCCUCGCCUACAUCGAGUCCCGCCCCACCGGCCGUCUCCUCAAGUACGACCCCCGUACCGGCGACGCGUCCGUCGAGCUCGACAACCUAGCCUUCGCCAAUGGCGUCGCCCUGUCGCGGGACGAGGCCUUCGUCGUCGUGUGUGAGUCGGGCGGGUUCAGAUGCUCCAGGCAGUGGCUGAAAGGGGACAAAGCUGGCCUGGCGGACACGUUCGUCCAGGACCUCCCGGGGUGUCCGGAUAACAUCCGUCUAGCUUCAGACGGAUCCUUCUGGAUCGCCAUUCACCAGCUGAGGUCGCCGUUGCUAGACCUGGUUACCCGCUGGACCUGGACAAAGAGAGUUGUUGCUUCGUUCCCGGCGCUCGUCGACAGGAUCAUGGCAACGGCCAAGGGGGCUAUGGUGGUGCAGGUAUCAGAGAAUGGCGACAUCAUCCGUGUGCUCGACGACUCUGCAGGCAAAGUGAUCAAUUUCAUCACAUCGGUAACGGAGUACAACGGGGACCUCUACUUUGGAAGCCUCUCAACGAACUUUGUAGGCAAGCUAUCUUUGGCAAAUGUAUCACAGGGGAAGAAGGAAGCUCAUGUUACAGAUGUAUAGUAGUGUCAUCAUCCAUGCCAUCGGAAUGGCAAUAAAUGAAAGGGCAUCUCGUAGCUGACGGCAUAUUUACGGCUUUGUGGACGUAGGUUAUGGUUUCAGGUUUCACGCACCUUAAAAGAUUCGGAUGACCAAGCAUGAUGACUUUUAAACUUGGCGGUGGUUGGACAUUAUGUCGUAAUAAUUCUUCUUCUUGUUCAGUCAUGUGUUCUUUAGAUCAAUCUAUAUGAGUGUAAUUUCUUAUGCACAUGUGAACAUAGAUUUUAUCUUUUAUGUCAAAA